CGGCCCCGCCCCUCUGGUUUAGCUGGAUGUGGUGACAGUUAUUGUUUUACGCCCAAGGCUGCAGAAAACGUCUGUUUUGUGCCGUGACAAAACACAGAGCUGAACCUGUCGGAGCUGCAGCUGCACUGCGACUCAUCAUGAAUUUCGUCCUGGAAACAAUCCAAGUCAUCUUUCUUUCUCUAUGGUACAACAUAGAAUCUUUCAUUCACCUCUUGGUCCCGCGGAAGAAAAAGAAUAUAACUGGGGAAGUGGUUCUGAUCACAGGGGCUGGCAGUGGAAUUGGUCGCCUAAUGACUAAGGAGUUUGCGACUCGUGGUACUGUGCUGGUUCUGUGGGACAUUAAUGAAGAGGGAUUAAAAGAAACCACAAAGCUGGCCAAAAGUGUUGGAGCCAGUAGAGCCUACUAUUUUGUCUGUGACUGCAGCAACAAGAACGAGGUUUAUAGAGUGGCUGAUCAGGUUAAGAGAGAAGUGGGUGAUGUUAGCAUCUUGGUGAACAAUGCUGGGAUUGUUACGGGAAAGAAAUUCAUGGAUGCUCCAGAUUCUCUGAUUGAGAAGACCAUGGAGGUCAACACUAUGGCUCACUUCUGGACCUACAAGGCCUUCUUACCUGCCAUGAUCGCCAAUAACCAUGGGCAUCUGGUCAGCAUUGCCAGCUCUGCUGGACUCAUUGGAGUAAAUGGAUUAGCAGACUAUUGCGCCAGUAAGUUUGCAGCUGUAGGUUUUGCAGAGUCGGUAGGCUUGGAACUUCAGGCAACAGGGAAAGAUGGCAUCAAAACCACCAUUGUGUGCCCCUACUUUAUCAACACUGGGAUGUUUGAUGGAUGUCAAACCAAGUGGCCAAGACUUCUGCCAAUCCUGAAUGCAGAGAACGUAGCGAAGAAGAUUAUUCAUGCCGUACUCACAGACCAAGUCUACCUGCUACUGCCUAAAAGCAUGUAUUUCAUUGCUGCUCUGAAGAAUUUCCUGCCCACAAAGCAGGGCAUUCUGCUGGGUCAGUACCUGGGAGCCUUCAACCUUAUGGAUACAUUCAGGGGACGCUCCAAAAAGCAAGAGUGAGAGUCAAGAUUAGAAGAGGAUUUCAAUAAAGCCAUCCAUGUGAAGCUUUUUCAUUAUUAAUUUAAAACCCUUUAAUGAUUUAAUUUUACACAGAAAAUGGAAAACAGUUGUGUAAAGAACGGCUUUUAAAUUAAAUGAAAUUAUUUUCCUUGUUUAUGUUUGUACUUCUCUGUUAAUGUUUUGAGUUCUCUGAAAAAAUAAUCCUGGUAUGUUGCUAUAGCCAUCUGAUUUUCAACAGUACUCAAAUGAAUAAAAAAUAUAUAUCCCUCAAGCAGUGAAUUAUA